GGGCUUUUUUUGAGGAGGUGGUUGCUACAUUUACCAUAACUAUUGAAUUUCUUCAAUGCUCAGUUUAAUUUCCUUUUUCCCCCCACUGUAGUUGGUGUCAAGCAAGACUCUAUUUACAUUGACUAAGGAUACUGGAAGCGUGAAGAUCAGAGAGUUGUAAGUCUGAAAUUUGCAUCACGACCUUGAACCAUAUAACCUUAAUUGGCAUAAACAGACAGACAAAAGCACUAUCCAUCAUAAUAAGAACACUCCAUUUGUAUUUCAACUGGACAAUUGUGAUUAGAAAAGCUCCUGGGACAAAUUCAAAAAAAUCUGAUAUAAAUGAGGAACAAUUCAACAUGCAUUCAACCAUCUAUGAUCUCUUCCACGGCUCUGCCAAUCAUUUAUACCUUGCUUUGUAUUGUUGGUCUCUUUGGAAACUCACUUUCUCAGUGGGUGUUUUUAGCAAAAAUAGGCAAGAAAACAUCAACGCACAUCUACCUGGCACAUCUCGUGACUGCAAACUUACUUGUGUGUGGUGCCAUGCCUUUCAUGGGUAUCUAUUUCCUGAAAGGUUACCAAUGGGAAUAUCACUCUGCACAAUGCAUAGUGGUCAACUUUCUGGGAACGCUGUCCAUGCAUGUGAGUAUGUUUGUCAGCCUCUUAAUUUUAUGUUGGAUUGCCAUAAGCCGCUAUGCUACCUUAAUGAAAAAGGAUUCCAUGCAAGGACCUACAUCCUGUUAUGAGAAAAUAUUUUAUGGCCAUUUAUUGAAAAAAUUUCGCCAGCCCAACUUUGCCAGAAAACUGUGCAUUUAUAUAUGGGGAGUUGUCCUGGGCAUAAUUAUUCCCGUUAUCAUAUACUAUUCAGUCGUGGAGGCUACGGAAGGAGGAGAGAGCCUGUGCUACAAUCCACAGAUGGAACUAGGAGCCAUGAUCUCUCAGAUUGCAGGCCUUAUUGGAACCACGUUUAUUGGAUUUUCCUUUUUAGUAGUGCUCACGUCAUACUACUCUUUUGUCAAUCAUCUGAGAAAAGUAAGGACCUGUACAUCCAUUGUGGAGAAAGAUCUGACUUACAGUUCUGUGAAAAGACAUCUUUUGGUUAUCCAGAUUCUACUCAUAAUUUGCUUUCUUCCAUAUAGUAUUUUUAAACCCAUUUUUUUUGUUCUGCACCAGAAAGGGGACUGCCAGCAAUUGAAUUAUUUAAUAGAAAUAAAAAACGUCCUCACUUGUCUUGCUUCAGCCAGAAGUAGUACAGACCCCAUUAUAUUUCUUCUAUUAGAUAAAACAUUCAAGAAGAUACUAUAUAAUCUCUUUACAAAAUCUAAUUCACCGCAUAUACAACCAUAUGGUUGACUUCUGGAUGGAAAAUGCCAUGAAACAGGAAGUAUUCAUGUGACUCUGUUAGGGACACUAACCUAAAUGAUUAACAUGUCAUAGCUUGGUUGAUGGCAGGCACCAAGGAAGCCUCUCUGUUUUUUUAAAAUAAGUAAAUAUAUCCAUAAAACUCGAUUUAUGCUGAAAGUUGAGAUGGCAGAGAUUUUCAGAGGUGAAAGUCAAACAUACUGAAAGGAUACCACUGUAUAUGAAACCAACCGACCAUUUUCUGUUUGAACUCUAUUGUGGAUCUUCUGUUCAGAACACAGUAUUUCAUGACUGUAGGAUAAAGAAGCAAAUGGUUUAUGGAUGUCUGCUUUGUAUGAAGAAUACAGGAGUCCAUCUUAGAAUGCAAAGGUUAGCAUUUGUUUGUUGGUAACAUAAAAAACUUUAGGAAUGAGUACAAGAAAAAAAAAAGAAAUGUCCUCACUUAAGUCUUGUCAAAGUGCAUGAAUAAUACAGUAUAAAAAUCCAAGGUUUUAUAAACAUUUUUAUUUGAAAUUAUUUGACUCAUGUUACUGGGAGAGGCAAUAUUCAUUGAGCAGAUAUUACAAAUAUGCUUAAAUAUUUGGAUUAGGCUUUGUCAAAAUAAAAAGCUAAAAUAAUGUCAUAUGCCCAUUUUCAUCACAUUGUGUAUUUUCCUCUAUAUCUAAUAUAAAAAUGUUACUAAUGAUUGGGCUGAGAUUGUGGCUCAGAGGUAGAGUGCUCGCCUAGCAAGGGUGUGAGCCGGGUGCGAUUCUCAGCACCACAUAGAUUCUCUCUCUCUUUAAAAAAAAGUACCUGGCACGUAGAUAUGUUCAAUUAAUUUUGUGAAGUGAAUGUAUGAUAAAGCAGCAUUCUAGUUAAAAAGAUUGGUCCCUAAUUCAGACUCCCUGGGUUCAAUCCUGGUUCCAUAUCUUAUUUAGCUGGACAAUCUUAAGCAAAUUACUUACCCUUUUUACAUGUUAAUUUCUUCAUUUGUAGAACAGAAAAUAUUACCUUAUUCAUAGGUAGUAUUUAAAAUCAGAUAAUGUUGCUUGGCACUUGCUAUGUGCCAGGUACUUUGCUUACAUGCUUAACACGUAUUAUUUUAAUCAUCACAACCAUCAAUCAUCACCAUAAAGUAUGCCAAUUUACUUGCUGAUGAAAAAACUGAAGUGCAUAGUUAAGUAAGCCCUGAUUUUCUCCAGUAUCUAAGCAAAUAUUAAGAAGUAAGCAUUUCUUAAUGGUCAUUUCUUUCUUCCAUGUAAAUCUAGUCAGUAAGACAAAUGAUGGUGACUGCAUUCUGUUAUCAUAUACAUUAUAAUUUUUUAAAAAAGUAAAAAAAGUAAAUGUGUUUGGAUCAAAAGCAUCUUUGGAGUUAUAAUCAGUUUUCUAUUAACUUUUUUCUCCACAUGGUAAUUCCUUCAGUGAUCAAGGAGAAGUUUAAAGUAAGUUCACAUGAUACUUCCAAGUCUUUAAUUUCAUAGCAUGUUUUGUUCCUGAAUUACAACUGUAGAAGCAAUUCACUGUAUAGAUUCUCUAAGAGCCAUGUUUAAAAUCAUUAGAGGUGGUUCUGACACUUUUGUGUGAUUUUCAUUAAAAACCAAUACUAAAAAAGUAAA